GAGUACUUGUAUGCAAAUGCCAGGAGUGGCCUGCUUGUGAGUGAUGUCACAAUCCCCUCCUCUGAUGCAAUAAUUUCACUGCCACUGAAAUGGCCAACCCUUGACUGCAGCUCCUGCAGAGGGAAAAAUUCAUCGCAAGUAGAGCACCUUCUAGAUUUGCUCCUGGAGUGUGGGGACAAAAGUCUCUGCUGCUCAAGUUACUGGACCCAGAAAAAAAACAUGACCUUAUGAACAUGGCAAAAGAAAUCCAGCUCAGGCCUAAGGUGAAUGUCUCUUCUUACAUCCACUUUUUACUGAAUUACAGAAACAAGUUUAAGGAGCAGCAGCCAAAUACCUUCCUUGGCUUUAAAGAGUUCUCUAGAAAGUGUUCGGAAAAAUGGAGGUCCAUCUCAAAGCACGAGAAGUCCAAAUAUGAAGCCCUGGCCAAGCUCGACAAAGCCCGAUACCAGGAAGAGAUGAUGAAUUACGUUGGCAAUAAGAAGAGAAAGCGGAGAAAGCGGGACCCCCAGGCACCCAGGCGGCCUCCAUCAUCCUUCCUACUCUUCUGCAAAGACCACUACGCCCAGCUGAAGAAGGAGAACCCGACCUGGUCGGUGGUGCAGGUGGCAAAGGCCUCGGGGAAGAUGUGGGCUGUGAUGGCGGACGCCGAGAAGCAGCCAUACGAGCAACGAGCAGCUCUCCUGAGAGCGCAGUACCGAGAGGAGCUGAAAGCCUACCGCGCCCAGCACAAGGCCAGGAAGAAGAGUCUCCGAGGGCCGCUGAAGCGCCAGCGCAGAGGGUGUAGGCAAGCGGAGUCAGCUACAGCUGGUGGAUCCAAUUAG